UCUCCUUCACAACAAGCAACUGAGAUUCAGAGACAAGAAAAUGCAACGCGAGAAAACUCAAACGAAUUUGCGUUUGGACGAAGGAGGAGGCAGCGUUUGGCAGAAAUGCUCAAGACACGAAGGUCGUUUUGUCUGCGUUGCCGGUGUUUGUCCUUAUUGCCUCCACGAACGCCUCUCCUCUCUCUGUCCCGAUUGUGCUCACGAUCUUCCCUGUUCGUGUACUCCACGCGCCUCCGUGUCUUCCCGUGGAGAAGGUGACGUUUCGUUCGCCCGUAUUGGGUCGGUUGGCCGUGUUGCCAACUUGAUUGAAUGCGAACCGGCGUUUCGGAGGUCGACAUCGAUUACGGGUCCUUAUUUCUGGUCUGCUAAACCGGAACCGAUAUUAGAAACUGAGAAGGAUCUUAAACCGGGUCGUGGACGUUGGCUAUGGAGAUUGUUCAGAGGAAACAGAGAAGAAGAGACGAAAAUAAAGGCUGCUAAGGUUAUGAAGAAGUCGAAUUCCGUUGCCGGAGAAGUUCUAUUCUCACCGACGCCGGUGACUAGUAAGGGAAAUGGUUGGUACUUUCCAAGUCCGAUUAAGGUUUUCAGACAAUCAAGAGUCUCCAAGAUGAUUUUUCAACAAAGAUCUCCAUUGUACAGAGGUUAACUUUUAGUUUUAUUCUAGUCGUGUGUUCUGUUUUUUUUUUUCCUUUUGUUUUACGUAAAAGUUGAUUAAUGUUUUCUUUUCAUAAUGAAAAUGUUGAUGUUACACUUAUACAUAAAAAUCGGAUGAACCUGAUAAAUUCGUUGAUGUUCAUGUUGCUCUUUACAAUUUUGGUU